AUGUCUCCCAAAAACCUCCUUCUCUUCGGCGCCACCGGCACAAUCGGCUCCUUCAUCCUCGAAUCCAUCCUCACCGCACGCUCCCAAUUCGACCGCGUUGCCAUCUUCACUUCCCCCCGCACAGCCGAGACAAAAGCCGCCUACCUCGAGAAACUGAAGGCUCAGAAUAUCGAGGUUAUUGUCGGGGAUGUCGAAGAUGAGAGCGCCGUCAAGGCCGCAUACAAUGGAAUCGACACCGUAAUCUCAGCCCUAGGCCGCACAGCCCUCGCGCAACAAAUCCCCCUAAUCCGCCUCGCCGCUGCAUCCCCCUCCGUAAAGCUAUUCCUCCCCUCCGAAUACGGCACAGACAUCGCCUACAGCCCUGCCUCCGCGACCGAGAAGCCGCACCAGCAGAAACUGAAGGUGCGCGCUGUCCUCGAAAAGGAAGUCUCGCGCGACCAGCUCGAUUAUGCCUACGUCGUUACCGGGCCCUUUGCCGAGAUGUAUUUGCAUUUUUCACCGGGGCAGGAAGGCGCCGGGGGUUGGGAUGUUAAGGCCCGGAAGGCGGUUUUGUUGGGGGAGAAGGGAGAGGAGAGGGUUAGUUUGACGACUAUGAAAGACGUUGGAACGCUCGUUCUAUCCACCCUGCUCAAUGCGUCGCCGAAGAUACUUAACCGGGCUCUGUGCGUGAACUCGUUCACCACCACGCCUGCUCUGAUCCAGGCCGAGUUUGAGCGUCAGACUACCGGGGCGCCGUGGACGGAUGUUUCCUACACACCGCUUGAUCGGCUCCGGGAGUUGGAGGCGAAGGCGUGGGAGGAGGGGAAGCCUACCGCGACUGUUUUGACUUUGCGGAGGAUCUGGACGGAGGGGGGCACGCUUUAUGAGGAGCGUGCUAAUGGGGUUAUUGGGGAGCCGAAGCUUACGGGGUUAGAAGAGGUUGUUGCUAAUGAGAUUAAAAGGGUGGCUUCUCUUUAG